AUGAAACCAUCCAUUCUUUCAAUUGUGGUAACAUAUCUUUGCAUUUCUGGAAGCUUUGUUUGUGGUGAAUAUACCAAGUUUGAGAAAUUAGUACUGCCUGCGGGUGCGAUUGGCCCUGGAUCAGUCACAUUUGGAGGAGAUGCAGCCUCAGGGCCCUACACAACUAUGACCGAUGGAAGGAUUAUGGAAUGGAAAGGUCCUGCCCUCGGUUUUGAGGACUUUUCUUAUACUUCAAUGGCAAGGGAAAAGGAUGAUUGUGAUGGUACAACAGAUGAUAGCAAGUGGUGA